GAAUACCCUGAUGCUGCACUUCGCCGAUAUUAGUUAGUUUGCUUGCUUCCAUCAUAACAGCGACACCUCGGGCUGAGCUAUCCUCAUUGCAGCCCCAUCGCUCCACUUCAGGCAUUUCCUGUCCCUGAAGCCGAGAAGCAAGUAUGUCACUUACUGGAAGUAAAAAUGAAAAUGAUAAGGAGGACAGGUUUGAAGAUGCCUAUGAAGUUAUCCCUGUAGCAACAACAAUGAAUUUAAUAUCUUCCCUGGAAGAAUGCACGACUGGAUUGUACUUAUUUCUAAAUAACAGAUUCUCAGAUGCCAUAAAUCUCAUUUAUCCAUGGUCUCAUAACAGCAUGUACCAUGCCCUAAUUUACGAUAUCCUUAUGGUUGUCAAGGCCAUCCUAACUUUUGAGCCACAUGAUAUACAGAUUGGAAUGACCACUGCAAAGAACGCUUUGAAAACCUGUAACAGUUUCCGAAGAAAAUCUAGGAUAACGUCUUUGUCUCGUAUAGUGACUAAACACGGAAUAAAAGCUCUCAAAGAAGAGGAAUUGCAUGCAGAAAUCUGCUAUGCCGAGUGUUUGAUCUUGAAAUCCGCAGUAACUUUUAUACAGGAUGACUCUCUGCUUGGUUUUCUCAAAAGUGGGAUUAACGUUGGGUUAAGUUACCAAAUAUACAAGGACUGUCAGCAAGUAUUAAUACAAAUACCUAACUACCAAAGCAAAUCCCACAAACACCUGGUUGGAGGAAUAAAAUUUGGACUUGGAGCAUUCAAUUUGAUGUUAUCACUGGUACCACCAAAGACACUUAAACUACUUAAUAUUGUUGGAUAUUUUGGUGAUAGGGAGGUAGGCUUGGGUUUGCUUCAGGAGAGUGCAUCUGAAAACCAUAUAAAUGAUAUCUUAAGUGCUUUUACUCUACUCUUCUAUUACAAUUAUAUUAAUAUAGCUUUUGGUGUUGAAAAGGGUUACAAUUCUGCUAUAGAUGGUCUCUUUCUAACCUACCUUCGGAAAUUUCCAAACUGUGUCAUACUUGUAUUUUUCCAUGCACGUUUUAGAAUGCUGAAAGGACAUUUUGAAUUUGCACAGGUUAAAUUACGGAAGUGCAUUUUUAUUCAGAAUGAGUGGAAGCAGAUUCAUCACCUCUGUUACUGGGAACUUAUGUGGUGCCACAUUUUUCUGCAGGAGUGGAGGGAAGCUUACCACUAUGCCAGCCUACUGUCUCAACACAGCAGGUGGUCCAAGGCAAUCUAUACGUACAGUAAGGCGAUCAUAUUGGCCUUGCUUCCUUCUGACUUGGUAAGUGAGGACAUGAAUGCGCUCUUUUUAAAAGUGGAUAGCCUGAGAAUAAAAAUUUUUGGAACUUCUGUGCCGAUAGAAAAGUUUGUGGCUGAGAAGGGCGAGCGCUAUGCUACUACUUCUGGCUGGUUUACAGCACAGCCUAUUCUGGAAUUCCUUUAUGCCUGGAGCGGCUUCCGAGUCAUGAGCAAAAGACUAGACCUUAUUUCAAGCUGGCUGUCACUCAUUGACAAAGGAGAAGACAUUUUAAAAGAAAAUCCAAGUAAAGAGUAUGGCACGGAUGACAUAAGUUUAUUACAUUUACUGAAAGGCCUAUGCUUGAAACACUUAGGCAAAUAUUCGAGGGCCGAGCAGUACUUUAAUCACGUCAUUCAAAAGGAGAAGUUGUUAAAAUAUGAUCACUACUUGGUGCCGUACACUCACUAUGAACUGGGAAUCCUAUACUAUCUAAAAGGAGAUUAUGUCAGUGCAAAAAAGAGCCUAGACAACAUAAAAAACUACAAAGACUAUGCCAUGGAAGCCCGAUUGCAAUUCAGGGCUCACAUAGCCCUUGAACAAAUAGCCAAAGAAAGGUAAUUUAAAGAUGAAGUGUGGUUUAGCACACUAUGAAUGAAAUAUCCACAAAAAGCAAGGUUACGAGCAGGUGGAAAAAUCAUUUCUUUGUGGAAGAAAUCUGAGAAGAUGCAGUUGCCAAGAAUCUGACCAGUAAAAAAGGAGAAAGGAAUUGGCCAUUGCUUUUCCCUCUUUCCUGUUCCAUAGCUAUAAAAGGGAAUAUCUUAGACUGGCAAAUGGAGUGAUGCACAUUCUUGAAAAAGAGAAGGUAAAUAAUGAACAUUAUAAAAUAUACUCUCUGAUAUGUUAUGAAUUUAUCAAUUAUGUUACCUAACAUUUUCAAAAACUUAAAACAUAUUUUUUAACAUCUCACUAAACAAUGUGUACAACUCCCAAAUAAUA